GCCAUGAUCGGCCAGAAGACGCUGCACUCCUUCUUCAGCGCCGCGCCGCCCAGGAAGCGCGGCCGCUCCCCCGAGCCGGCCGGCGACGCCGAGGCCCAUGCCGCCAAGAAGCCGAAGGCCGCGGAAGGCGAGGCGGGCCCGGCCUCGCCGCUGAGCGCGCAGCAGCUGGAGCGGAUCCGCAGGAACAAGGAGGCGGCUCUGCAGCGCCUGGCCGAGCGCAACGUGCCACCGGGCUUCGGCGAGAGCUGGAGGCGGCAGCUGGGCGCCGAGUUCUCCAAGCCCUAUUUCCUGGAGCUGAUGGAGUUUGUAGCCCAGGAGAGGAAGCGCUGCACUGUCUACCCACCCCCAGAACAGGUCUUCACCUGGACACAGAUGUGCAACAUCCAAGAUGUAAAGGUUGUCAUUUUGGGGCAAGAUCCAUAUCAUGGACCUAAUCAAGCUCAUGGGCUCUGUUUCAGUGUCCAGAAACCUGUUCCACCACCCCCAAGCUUAGAAAAUAUUUACAAGGAACUGUCCACUGAUAUUGAAGACUUCACUCAUCCUGGUCAUGGAGAUCUCACUGGCUGGGCCAAGCAAGGAGUGCUGCUGCUCAACGCGGUGCUGACGGUGCGAGCCCACCAGGCCACUUCCCACAAGGAGAAAGGCUGGGAACAGUUCACGGAUGUGGUGGUGUCCUGGCUGAACAAGAACUUGCACGGCCUUGUCUUCAUGUUGUGGGGAGCCUAUGCACAGAAGAAAGGCAGUUCUAUUGACAGGAAACGCCACCACGUCCUGCAGACCGCUCACCCUUCGCCUUUCUCUGUGCAAAGAGGCUUUUUUGGCUGCCGGCAUUUCUCUAAAACAAACGAAUUGCUGAAGAAAUCGGGCAAGAAGCCCAUUGACUGGAGAGCACUCUAAGCUGUAAGCGUAACCUUGUGGAUUUUAUCACCAGGAAUAGCCCCCUGUUUCAAGGGUUGCCUUAUUGCUGGAAAAUGCUUGUUGACCUGAGACUCAUUCUUGGAAUGUUGAUCAAGUCAAUGAGCAAAUGACUUAAAUUUCAGAUUUUUUUUAAUGUUUAUGUAUCCAAAUAUGCCAGAUGUUUUAAGAGCAAGUUAGAAUGUUACAUGAACUAUUUUGUUACUACUUCUUGAACAGAUCUCAGCUUAGUGUGAAGCCAAGAAAGAAAAAAAAUCCACAUUAAUUUGCACUCACUGUUACAAUGGGCAUAUACCUGAGUGCUUUUGAGACUGUUCGUGGCUUUCCACAGUUAAGCUUUAUGCUUUCUGUAAAUACCCUAAUUUGCCUCCUCCCACUCUUUUGCUUCAUGAUAUGCAAAUCUGGAGUUUGUAUUUGGUAAUGGGGAACUGGAGGCCCUCUGGGUUUUUUUGUGCUGUUUUACUACAGAUACAGAUUUGAUUAGCAAUAUAUUGCCCUUCUGUGGCUUUAGAGACUGUACAGUGUGAAGAAGUUUAACCGAGUGCAUCUCUGCACUCUCUAAAGGUCAGGAUUAAUCCCAUGGCAGCUGAGGGGGAAAUAGCGACCAGCGCUUUGGUGGUGUUCCCAGCUUCUUGUUCCCGAAGGAAACCCCAAAGUAUUAACCUGCUUGGGGGUUACCAGGUCUUAAUGACCUGGUUGACAGCAGCCACUAGCUCUGAGGUGAUCCUGUCCAUGGGUGUGGAUCACUGGGUGUUCUACAGACCCAGAGCAUGCGAGACAGGGACCUGGUUUCACACAACUCAGCUGAUGCUGCAGGUGGGUUUUCCUGCAGCUUUGCUCAGUUGGAUACCUGCUGAUUUUGAGGGAGAAGUUUUCUUGAACGUCUGCUGGUUGACGGGUGGAAUAUUUCAUUGUGUUUUAUGACCUUGUGGAUGACAAGAGGGCAGUGAAGAUGCGGUGAGGCAGCAAAGAGGAGGAUCUGCUUCAACGCAGAUGCUCUUGGGCUUGCCCUAUGGGAGCAAAAUGAGGCUUUUAGCCAUUGCUGAAAAUAACUUGUUGCUUCUAGAAUGAAAACAAGGUUUGCCUUCUAAUGUUGGACUUCCA